UACUAGUAAUGUCUAGGUCUAGGAGGAUAGAAAUGGGCGGUGCUAUGUAGUGUGACGUGUCUGUGGCUGGGUUAAUACACAACACAGUUUGGGGGCAUGUGCCUGCCUGAGGGAAGUGGAAACAUGCGUAGUAUAGGAUGAGGAACUUCAAAUCGCUUCACGUGACACCGGGCGGAAUUCAAUGAGAUGUCCCAUUACUCACUCACUCACUCAGUCCGUCCGCUACCAUAGAAGAGACAUGAGCGGGUCUUGUGUGGCGUCACCUUAGUCAGUACAGUGUACCCCUCAGGGCACCGCAGUGUAUGCUGAGCAGGUGGUGAGCGUUCCUUCGGAUCAGCAUGGAAGUCCAGGCUCCUCUCCCUCUCCUCCAGAGGUUCAGUUAUGCGACUGGGCAUUUUCUCAAUGACUUGUGUGCCUCUAUGUGGUUCACGUAUUUCUUGGUGUUCUUCCACUCAGUGCUGGGCUUCAGCUCCUCAAACGCGGGGAUCCUCCUUAUGGUGGGCCAGGUAGCCGAUGGCCUCUGUACCCCUCUGAUCGGCUAUGAGUCGGACCGAUAUGGUGGCAACCUGCGAUAUGGACGCCGAAAAUCCUGGCAUCUACUCGGUACCUUUUGUGUGGUGAUUUCAUUUCCAUUUCUCUUCAACCCGUGCAUUGGUUGCACAGAAAAUACUCCACAGUGGGCUGGCUUGCUAUACUUUACCCCAUUCAUAAUAAUUUUUCAGUUUGGUUGGGCAGCUACACAAAUCUCUCAUCUCUCACUCAUUCCAGACCUGGCUAAGAAUGAACAUGACAAAGUGGAGCUUACAGCAUUCCGAUAUGCUUUCACUGUAUUGGCAAACAUCUCUGUUUAUGUUACUGCUUUGGUGCUAUUUCGCUUUCAGCUGGGGGAGACAGGUGAUGAUUACACGCAUUUGGGACGGAAAGACGCUCCUGCCUUUAGGUCCUUGGCUUUUAUCAUGGUAGCCAUUGGAGUUCUUUUCGCUGUGUUAUUUCACAUUGGAACUAAAGAAAAGAAAAGUUAUGAACACCUUGUGGAAACUGAAGAUGAAGACACUACCCAAGAGCAUGCUACACUACCCAGAUCUCCAGAAACAGUGCUGUUAUGGAAUCACUGGUUUCGGGAACCUUCUUUCUACCAGGUGGCCAUUUUGUACAUGUGCACACGUCUCAUUGUGAACCUGUCUCAGGCGUAUAUAGCUUUGUACCUGACCAAUUCAUUGAUCCUUCCAAAGAAUUAUAUUGCCACCAUUCCAUUAGUGAUGUAUGUGAGUGGCUUUGCUUCUUCAUUCCUAAUGAAACCGGUUAAUACUUUGAUCGGACGAAAUCUUACCUAUUUCAUAGGCCUCUUGGCAAUUUCAGUGUUUGCUGCUUGGGUGGCACUGAAACCUGACCUUGGAGUGGCAAUCUAUGCAGCUGCCGUAAUUUUGGGCUCUGGUUGUGCAACAAUUCUGGUCACUUCCUUAUCCAUGACAGCUGAUCUCAUUGGACCCCACUCAGUCAGUGCAGCUUUUGUGUAUGGUGCAAUGAGUUUCACUGAUAAACUGGCCAAUGGAGUAGCAGUUUUGGCUAUUCAGUUUAUUUACCCAUGUCAUACUGAACUCUGCUGUCCAGCUUGUAUUCCUUUCUACCGCUGGGUGAUGGUGAUCGUAACUGGAGGACUUGCGUUAGUGAGUGCGUUGCCUCUAAGCUCCAUCAUGAUCUGGCCUAUCAAAAUGCGGUUUUGCAAAGUGUCAGCAUCUUCGAUACAAGAAUCUUCAGGGACCAUAAACUCACAGGAUGUUAAUGCAGUCAACGCUUGAAUUUUUUUUACUGCAUGCCUACCUCACUUUAUGUGCUUUGUUUUGCACAGAUAUUGGAGAUUUAUCAACUUUGACACACAGCAAGGCAACACAAACUAAAAGCAUUGGUAAAUUUUAUAGGACAAAAUUGCAGUAAAAUUUUAUAAAUUGCCUUACUGCUUAAAAUGAACACUGUGAAUAUAAAAGUCCCAUGUUUCUUCUUUAGGUUUAAGUAGAAGAUUGUUGCAAGUAAAUGUUAGUGUAUUUCCACUUUUGCAUCCAAAUUGGGAUAACACCUACUUUGUAGUAUAUGGUCCCAUUCACAUAGCAUACAAAUAAAAUUGCAGCUUACAUUUUUAAUUGCCUAAACUACAUACCUAGGUUCCCCUAAUGUGAUGUUAGGGAGGGGUUGUGGAGUUAUUGUUUACCCAAUUAACUCUGUAAUGUGCUAGCAGAUCUCCUCUAUUUGUAAACCCCCCCUAUAUAGGGCAAACCAAGUUGCAAUCUAAAGAUCCCAAAACUUCUGCCUUAUAAUUUCUGUAAAUGAAUGAGAGGAAACUAACUCUGUCCACACUUUGUCCCAGAAUUGUUUAGAAUAGUUUGCAGUGCUGUGUUCCAAAGAAACAAAAAAUAUAUAUAAAUGUGAAUGUGAACGCAACAAAUUUGACUGCACAAAUCGAAAAAGAACGAAGUCUGUUGAAGAUAUUUGCAAAGCUGCAACCGAUGGCUGAUGGCAUAGAGGGCUCAAAAUCACGCACAAAAAGUAAUGGUAAAGCCUUUUAAUGGAAGGAAGAUUGAUUUGCACCAUAAACUGUGUCUAGUGCUGCUGUUAACUUGAUUCAUUGUAAAAUUAUUUUUAUGAAGAGAUUCUUAUUGUCCUUUCUAUGUAUUAGAAUGCCUUUUUGUUGUGCAAUAACCUGUAAUGGAAUGGCUGUGAACCAAUGGAGCUCAUGAGCAGUUGACAGGACACCUUGCAUAUCUUCCUGUAGACCCUGGCAGAGUGCAGCUUUCAAAAGUCAUAUGCUUAUAGGUAUUCUGUGAGUUACCAGCACUUGUGUGUGUGUGUGUGUGUGUGUGUGUGAGGCAGUGUGGAUGGACUGUGAGUGGUGAUCAGCAAUAAUAGAGGAGCAGAUAACUUCCCUAAUAUCUCUACAGAUCAUUCAGGUCGAUUAUACCACAUGUACAAAAGAAAAGUAUUCAAUUCGGACAUACUCACAAUAACUGAGUAUUAAUAGGCGGUCUGAAUUGGUAUGCAGAGCAUAGCUAAGUAAUGUCCAAUAGUGCUGCCAGUGACCUAAUAUUUUUAUAUUUUUUUGCCCAUUGAGGGACACAGGAUUGUAGGUAAAUUCUUAGACAUAUGGCUUAUACUUCCACCUUCAAGAGAUUGGGACACUGACAAAAAAAAAGCAGUUAAGCACUGUAUAACAAUACCUCCAACUGUCUUGCCUCUUUUUUUCUGUUAAUGUACUAGGUUGAACGCCUUUUCCCCGGCUGAGAGAACUCUAAGCAUAUUUUUACUAGCCUUUUUAUCUAAGAGUCUCAGUACUAUUUACUUUGACGUGAGCUAGUCUACACAGGAUCUCAAUCAGCACAUCUUCAGCUGCACCUGGGCCCUACUGGACUGCAAGAUAGGGUUAGCCUGGAAUGUGAUUUUUGGGCGCUGGCAUUUGCAUCGUGGCAUUUUUAAUCUUUAGAUCCAAAGCCGUGGCACCGCCUCGUCUAGUGUGUCUCUGAAGACUCAUCCUGUAUGUAAGUCUUUGGUCGUGGUGAAGCUAGUGUGGAAUGUGGAUCCUGAGACUGAACUCUGCUUAGUGAUACUUUUCAGGCCUCUACGUACUAAGUUAGUUAACCAGAUUGCUCUCCAGGCCUGGCACAGCCUUUUAGGUAACCCAGUUUACCCAGAGGAAUCGCAUAGUAAUGACAGCUGCACUGAAGCAGUGUGGGCUAACUGGUACAUCCUUGAGCGUAAUUAAAAAAAAAUGUAUGUAAUCCUACAGCCAUAACAGUCAAAGCUGAGGAAGCUGAGCACUGAAGUCAUCUGCUGGAUGGCAUUUUGCAUGUGUGCACUCUGUGGUCUUUCUCCUACUAGUCAACCUAGAGGAAGCAAUUUCCUGCAUCUACCCCUGCUUUUGUUUUGCUUUGUGAAUUAACCACUCUCCAAUAUCCUUCCACUGCCAGCUUACAAUGACUUGGUAACCUCUGACACUCUACAACCCUUUUUCAUCACUUGUGUGGGUUUGUGCAUAAUAUGGACCUAUUUGUUUUUUUCUUUUACGUUUUUAUUUUUUUGACGAGGGAAUAAUUUCGAAAUAAUGGUCGUAAGUGACAUGAAUGGUAAAGUAUAAAAUACCAGGUAAGCCCUCUUGGGGGCCUACCCAUCCAUUAUAUAACAACAUUACAGUUAGCCACCUUAUAGACAAUCAU